AUGGCCGCGACGGACGGGCAGAUCAUCCUGGCGGCGUCCCGGUUCGCGCCGGACACCCCGCCGGCGUACCUGCGUGACUUCGCCAAGAGUGACCUGCCGGCGGUCGGGAAGAUCGUCAAGGGCCAGUACUACACGCUCGGCGUGCCGACGCUCUCCAACCCGUCGCUGCAGAGCACGGCCCUGUUCCUGAAUGCGGGCCGCAAGUACCAGAUCCUGGCGCAGCCGGUCAAGAUCAAGGAGGGGCGCAAGAACACGCAGGUCGGCCCGAAGGUGCUGAUCCCGGAGUCGUACGCCGGCUACUUCGAGCUGCUGAGCGAGGACGGCCGCUCGACGCGCUGCAUCGAGAGCGUGCUGGAGCUGUCGAGGCGGCGCAACUUCCGCGUGCUGGUGCGCGAGACGGUGCGCUGCAACCACAACAGCAAGUCGCUGCACGCCGGCGAAAUACUCACCACGAUCUCGGACAACGGCAAGUACCUGCAGUGCCGGACGUCGAAGGACGAGGUCGUCAGCCUGCCAUUGGAAGCCAAAGCGAAGUUCUCCCCGAUCGCGAAGGAGGACAGCAUCAGCGGCGUGCACACGGUGCGCAAUUUGCUGCAGAAGCGCAUGCCGGUGACGGUGCGGCUCGUGCACGGUGCGGCCCCGAAGGGCCUCAAGCAGCCAUUCGUGCCGGAGCUGCGGCUGCUCGGGUGCGUCGAGGUGGACCGGAUAUUCGCGCUGCCACUGCAGAAGGACAUGGACCUGGUGUCGGUGCCGCUGAACGCCAAGAUCAAAAUACAGCGGGCGAAGAACAUGGACCAGCUGGAUCACUUCAUCGAGUACUCGCGCUUCCUCGAUAAGGCGCAGCGGCUGCUGGUGGAUGCGCGCGACCGCCUGCAGAUCAUCGACCUCAAGCUGACGGAGAAGGAGAAGAAGGACUCGGCGAAGGCGAUGGGACUCGGGGGAGCGAACGGGGGCGGGCGCAACAAGACGAUGGCCUCGACCCUGUCCGGUCUCACCGCAAACGGGUACGUGCUGAAGAAGAGCAACAGCUGUGAUUCGAACCGCUACUCUCCACCUCUACCGAGCGGUGGAGGCGGAGGAGGAGGAGGGGGCAGCCAGAACGGCUCGAUCGCGGACGAGUACGACGAGAUCGACCAGAUCUACGACUACGUGCGGGGGUUGGCCCCGCUCCCGAAGAACCUGUACAAGUUCGAGGCGAUCGAACCGUCGCCUCCGACGACAACAACGACGCCGACCGCCGCGACGACCAUCAGCAACUCCUCGCCGCCGACGACGGCCGCCACGACGCCCAUCUCGAACGUGCUGCUCGGCCCGGCCACGCACCAGCACAGCCUCAAGACGGUGGAAAACAUGAAGACGGCCCAGUCGAACGCCAUCAACAACAACUACGACACGAGCAACAACAACAACAACAACAACUACUCCAACAUCAUCAAGUACAGCAACCACAGUCAGGUGCACCAUCAUCACCACGGGCACCACCACCACCAUCCGGCCGGCCAUGCGCACCACCACUCGAACAGCCUCGAGUCGUCGGCCCGCCACGGUGCCGCCCUCAAUGCCAUCAACAACAACCACAACAGCAGCAGCCACGGCCACAACCACCUCCACGGCCACAACAACAACACGAUCACGAUCGUGGACCACAAACCGAUCCCGCCGCCGAUCGAGACGAUCCCGGGCAAGAAGCUGCCGGAGAAACGCCAGCGACCCACUCUGCCGAAGCUGUACUUCAAGAGCAACAUCGGGCUGCACCAGAAGAGCCCCACGCCCGGGACGACCGCCAUCAGCCCGAUGAGCAACGGGGGAGGAGCGGUCGUGCAUCAUCCGCCGAUCGCCGUCACCCCAAAGGAUAUCGCGGUCGAGCCGCAGAGUCCACUGUUUCACAUCAGAUACAAAAGUCUGAGCAGCUUGCAGCUGGCGGCGACGAUCCCGCAGCAGGAAUCGCACCCGGUCACCCCGAUCUCACCGUCGCCGAAGGGCGCCGGCCAUCAGGAGAAGAACCAUCUCCUCUCGAAGUCGGCCAGUGCCGCCGUCAACGGGGGGCGCGAGGGUACGCUGGAUUCGUCGCGCAGCGGUGGCCGCACGUCCGGCGACUCGGGCAAGCUGCCGGAGAAGAAAUCGCGCCGCCUCAGCCGGCCCCGGUCGCUCUCCAACCUGGUGUGGGACCUCCGGCCGCACAAGUCCUCCGCGGAGAAGUCGAAGAAGAAGCUCUACCUGCACCAGUUCGAUCGGCAGCAGGGCACGCUCUAUCUGUAA